AUGACUUAUGAUCCAAUGGCUUAUUUAUGGAUACCUUUACCGCCAGCGGAUCUUGAGUUUAACACCGGUCAAAAUUACUUGUCAAGCAAUUUGGCAUCGAUUUGUGGACUUGGAAAUCAUAUUUUUGAAUUUGCCGCGUUGUAUGGUUUGGCUAAACAGCUCAAUCGAAGUCCAACGUUUUUCAUUGAAAAUGGACAUCAUUUGAAAAUGCUGAACCGGGGAAAGAUUACGAUUCCGGGAUUGGUGGACAAGUUUUUGAUCAUAAAUGGAAGUCUCCCAUCAACAAUACGAAAUACCACAUUUCAAAAAGGUGUAUGCUGCACUUUUGAUAAUCCAAUGAGAUUGGAAUUGAUUAAAAAUGAAUAUCUACAUUUGAGUGGAUGGCUGUAUCAGAGUUGGAAAUACUUUCCCGAUAUGCGAUCAGAACUUCGCACUUAUUUGUCGAAUUCCUCGGAAAAUUCGAAUUUCGGAAAUUUGCCACAUUCCGAUGCGGAGACACAUAUUACAUGUAUCCACACGCGAAGAGGUGAUUUCUUGGAAGUGGGAUUCUAUGGAUCAGACCCGGUUUUUGUUAGGAAUGCGUUGAAAUUUUUGAAUGACAAUGAAACCGUCGGAAACAAAAAACGGAAAACUGUACUUUUUGGGGAUGAUGUGAAAUUUAUGAAAAAAGUUUUCCAGGGAUCUCUACUUUCCACGGAUGAGAAUCAAGAAGGAGCUACUCACUUUAUCUCCAAAAACUCGCCUACAGCAGAUUUGGUUUAUUCUAAAUAUCAUUGUGAUGUGGUUUUGAUAAGUGCUCCCUCAUCAACGUUUGGAUGGUGGAUGGGAUAUUUUUCGAAAGGAGACAACGUGUAUCAUAUGGACAUUCGAUAUGUAGAUGAUCGCGUUUAUAAAGCCGGUGAAAUGAACAUUAGCGAUUUCUAUCCUUCACAUUGGCGGGCGCUGAAAUUUCAAAGUGAACAUAAUCUUACUGUUGUUGAGAGUUUUCAAUAA